AUGUCGCUGGCGGCAAUCAACCCCACCACCUCCACCGGCCGCCGCCGCCCAUCCGUGAAGCUCCUCAUCACUUCAACCGACUGCGACCCGAGAACCGAACUCUCCUUCCCCUACCCCUCUCAGCCCACCGUCACCUGGAACAACCUCGUCGAAGCCCUAUCCAACCGAAGCUACUGCUUCGCCACACGCCAUCUCCCGAGCCUCUCCUCCUCCUCCUCCUCACGAAACCCAAGACCCGCCUUCCUCAUCCUCAACGGCUCGAAAAAAGCCGCCUUCUUCUACACCAACAACGAAGGCAACGACUACCAAAUCACCUACGACGAGUCUCUCAUGGACGGUCUGCCGUCAGACGGGACCCUCGACGUGCUGCCGAGAUUCCACCUCUUCGAAUCCCUGCCAGAGGAUCUCCAGGUGGCGGUGGCCGAGCGGCUCGAUGCGGCUGGCCUGGCCAUGAUGCGGUGCGUCAGCCGCAAGUGGAGGCGGUUCAUGUGGUGGCGGCGGCCGGAGAUUGAAGAGCCGGGAGAGGGGAGACUCGUUUUCCGGCUGGUUCAGGCCGCCUGUUUUGUGAUUGCCUCGUACAUUAUUGUUAAAGAAGUCGGGCCUGUGUGA